AAUAGAUAGAUAUAUAGAUAAAUAGAUAAAAAAGAUUUAGGGUGAAAUGAUAUAAAAAAUAUUUAAGUCAAUCUUCAAAAGUUUUUUUAAAACUAUGCUAGAAGUGAUAGAGGAUAGGCCAAAUUUUGAAAUCCCAUAAUCAGUUUAUAUAUUUGUGAUAGCAUUUUACUUUUUUUAAUUGAGCGGAUACAUAUUUUGUAAUGAUUAAGAAAGAGUACUAAAUGAGCAGCUAUUUAAGAUAUUCGCACAUAUAAAUGAAAUAUCUACAGGGACUUAUUUGCUUUCAAUCAAAGGAAUAGAUACUCUCACAUUAGUUUUUUUUGGGAUUAUGUAGGUAAUUACUUACAUGUACUACUUUUAUUUAUUUGGCUUGACAGCUCUAAAGAAAUUCUACAAGCCUUAUGUUUUGUAAAAUAGAGGCAAUAUUAAAAAGAUUAACUAAAUGCUAAAUGUAUUUUUUACUUUUUAUUACUGGAUCUUUUAAAUUCCAUUUGCUGAGAUAAAUAUAUCCUUACUAUCAUGCAACUAAAAUAGUUUUCUAGUGGAAUUUAGAUUGUAAAAUUGUGAAAAAAAAUCUUUAGCACUCAUAAUAUUUGCAUCUAUUGGAUUAGCGCUAUCAAUUUUCACUGGUAUUAUGAUAAUGUUUUUUUUUAGGAACUAUGAAUUUUUUGAGACGAAUCUUUUAAAGAGAAAAUUUAAUAAAUGGUAAAUCCCACAGCUUUUUUCUAUGUUCGUAUUCCUAUAUAUUUACUAUAUUUCGCUAGCAAAGGGCAGCAUAAAUUAUAUUGCUUCAUAAAUAGUAGGAGUAAUCUUAUAUGCCGACCUUAUAAUCAACUAUCCUUUUAGAAACUCUAUGAUUUCCAAGCUCUACAUAAUUGGAUGCAACUACUUUUAUGUCUCUGUCACAGUUAUUUGUGUUUGGAAUUACGAUUAUACUAUUUAUGAUACAGAUCUCUUUUAUUUUAUGGCUUUCUUGAUGAUGUUACUAUCUUACUUUAUUUACAAUAUUCAAAAUUAUUAGCUUGAGAAUAUUCUUCACCUUACUCAUGAAAACUUUGAAAAACUUUACAUGCACUUAGAUUUUUACUUGGAAGAACUUGUAAGAUUUGGAAUUGAUCAAUAUAAAAAUGAAUUCAAUAGGUUUAAGUUAUUUUAGUUGCUUGGGUAUCAUAAGUAGAAGUGCGUAUUUUUGGACUGCUACUGCAAGCAAACGAAUUUUAAAGAUCAAAAAGACAAUCUCAAUUAUCAAGACUUACUCAUUCUUGUGGAUGAUUUAUUUUUACGUUUCUUAAAUAAUAAAAAGAUAUCUAGAAAUGAUUAUGAAAGGGAACAUCUAUAUUUAAAAUAUAUUUCUUUCAUUACAAAUUUUAGAAACAAUCCUAUCAGAGCAUAUCAUAUUUUGAAAAGUUAUUUAGCUAAAUAUAAGAGAUCUUCAUUUUAUUUCACAACUAUUAGCAAGGUAUUAUCAGCAAAAAUAGAAAAAUAGAUUGAAGAAAAAUAGGAUCUUUUUUAUAAAAUAUCUAAGAUUCAUGAAGCUUAAGCUAAUAGUCAAAUCAAAGAAACUGUUAAAGUUAAGGAAGUUGAAAAAACAUUAAAUUUGAAAUAAAAUUUAUUACCUCUUUUUAUAAGUUUUGUGAAUAGUAAAAUUGAUUAUUGGUAAAAAGUUAAAAAUGGUUUCGAAAAUAUAGAUCAGUUCUCAAAAUAGACAUUGCUUUUUUCAAAAAGUAGCUUUAUAAUUAAAUAAAAAUUUAAUGAACUAUUUUCAAAUGACAAUAAAACUAUUUCUUUAGAUUAGAACGCUAUUGUAAUCAAGUUAAUUUCAAUUUAUAAAUGUGUUGUAAUGAACUAGCUUAGUUAAUCCUAUAAAUAUGAAUCUUAGUAUCUAAAUUUAAAGAAAAGCGAUUUCUCAAAGCCCUAUUUCAUUAUAAAUUAAUAUAAUUUAGCAAACUAAAAUGUUUAGCAUUUUUUAAUCAGCAUCUCUAAAGAAAGAGGCAAGAUAUUGGGUAAAAAAACAUAAGAGUAGGCUAACCUUUUUGGGUACUAUCUUAAAGAUUUCGAAUAAAUUUAACAUAUAGAGCAGCUCAUCCCCCCUUUUAUCUCAGUGUGUCAUAAUUAGCUUAUUGAAAACAUGAUAUAGAGAGGUGCUAGUCUCUAUCUUGAAAGGAGCAAAUAAACUUUUGCCAAAGAUUAUUAAGGAUUCAUAUUUCCAAUUAACAUAUAUUUAAACCACUUUCAUUAGUUUGAUGAUGAUUUCUGUAUGUUUGGUGUAGUUUUAAAACUAAAGUCUAACAAGUAAUACAUAAUAUUUGACUCAUAAGGAAAGAUAUAAGGGUUUUCAAAAAAAAUAUUUCAUUAAAUAUUUAAACAAAGAAAUAAUAAAACAACCAAUCAAAGCAAAUAGGAAUAAAACUCUGAAAUAAUUACUCUAUCAUAGGCAAUGCUAAAUUUGAAUUUAUUUAUAUUGAUGCCUAAGUUAGCUAAAAAAGUUGAAAAUUUAUUUUAAUCUAGUCAAAAUUUAGAUUAAGACACUAACAAUUCAGCAGAAUACGUUGAAAACAUAGUCUUUCCUCGAAAAGCUUAAGAACUUUCUUAAAACCUUGAAAAAUUCUUAGUUACUACCAGCGAUGGUACCAAGAAAAAAUCUCACAAAACGGUAGAUAGCAAUGUCUAGUCUGCACACUUUGAAUUUAAAAGUUUUGAAUUGUUUUAUCAAAAUAACAUAAAAUAAUAUGAAGAAGAGCAAAUUUAUAGCUCAACGAUUAUAAAAUAUAAAUUAGAAAAAUAGGAGCUAAAUUUCUCACAAAACAAAUAAAUUGUUUCAAAUAAAUACUUCGUAAUCGAGAUAAAUAAUAUGAAGGAUUCGGAAUCUAAGACUCUGGAUGAUUAAAAUUAAUAUCAAAACUAUAUAACUACAUUUAAUUAGAUUGAAGCUAGUGAAGAAUCAUCAUAUACUAAUUCUGAAUCAUUUAAUAAAACAAAAUCCCCAUAAAUCACAAAUAAUCUGUAAGCUCAAAAUUUAGAAAGUGUAAUAACAAAUCUAAAGAUUAACAACAUUCCAAUUGCUCAUAAUUCUGAUAUUCUAGAUAAUCAUCCAACUUAAAAUAAUCUUGUGUAAAUCUAUUAAAGCCAAAACUAAAAAAAGCAUAGCAUUAUAAUAAGCUAAGAAUAACUUAAUUAAUAGUUAAAUAAUGAUACUUAUCUUGAUGUUUAAUCUUAAAACUAAAUAAAAAGCGAAAGUUAAAUAAAAAUAGAACAGCAUUUAGAUAAAUAUACAGAUAAUAAAUAACUCAUAAUUGAAAAAAAUGAUUAAAAAAUAGAAUAUGAUGAAACUUAAGGAUCUUAUAAAAGAAAUGAUAUGUGUUCUCACAAUUUAAUUCCACUUAAUUCUCCUACGCUUUGUUAUGAAAAAGCCUUACUAUCGUCACCAUAACAGAAUGGCAUCUAUAGUCCACUCAACGUGAAAGGAGACAUUGAAACUUUUGCAUCAUCAUAAAACUAAAUAGAUAUCAAUUGCGAAAAAUAGAGAAAAUCAUUUAAAUUGAAUAGUAAGAGAGUUUCAUUUUUCAAAAAGAACUAAGAUGAUAAUUAUAGCAAAAGUAAUGAUAACUAAAAGUCUCUUCAGAAUUUAAAUAAUCAAAAAGUGCAAUCCUCAAAUUAAAUGUAAGAAAAUGGAUAAAAAAGCAAUAAAAAACACAAUAGAUAAUAAGAAUUCGUUUUAAGAAGUCUUAUAAGCAACAAAAAUGCUUUUGAUAAAAACGAGUUAGAUGCUCAAAGAUCAUAAUCCUACUAUUCAGCAUCUUCUUCUUUUAGAAGUAUCAGUAACAUUCUUAUACAAAAUAUAUUAAGCAAGACAAACACUAUCUUUAGCAUAUCUAUGUCGAUAUUCUCUGCUAUAUACAUUAUUUUUUUUGCUUUAAUGUCACUCAUCAUAGGAAUUAUAAUACUUUUAAAUUUACAAUCAUUUACAGAUGAUGUAAAGAAUGUGUAAUAAUAGUCUGGCUUUUUCCCGUUAAUUGCGAAUCAAACUCUAAAUUCGUUCAAUAGGUUUUAAAUAGAUAAUUUUAUUAUUUAAGAUCCUUAAUUAUCUCUUUAUUCUUCAUUAGUUGCGAGUUGUGAAUAAGCAAAACAGCUAUUUUUAUAAGAAUUCAAUGAUAGAUUUUAAACUACUACAAAUACAUAUUUGAACAAUCAGGAUACUUAUUACAAAGCAGUAACAUAUCUAAAUAAUUAAUAAAAUUUUUAGACAAUUGAUUUCAUAGACCUGCAAUUCAAAGUCUUAUAAAGCUCUUAAGUUAUAUGCGGUUCUGUUAGUAAGCAAAAACAUUAUCUUUAGAGUGAUUUUUACUUUUUGUUAUAAAAUAUGAUGUUUAUUUACCAGUCUGGAGAAAGCGUAAGGUCUUACUAAUUUUUUAAGGUGACUGAAAAAAAAUAAAAUCUAUAUAAUAUAUACAUAUAUUUGGGUACAUCUUGUUUAAUUAUUACAUUAAUACAAAUUAUUGCAUCUUUACUAGGUUUGAAAUAUUUUAACUAAUUUAAAAGCCUGAUUUUGUUUCUAAUAGGUAGAAUAAAUAUACAAGAAGUUGAUAUAGAAAUUGAAAAGUUAAAAAAAAUAUAAGAUGUUCUUUAAGAUAUUAAUUAAAAAUGGAUGAAUUUUGACUUUGUGGAAAAUAUGCUAUUUACUCAAAACAGAAACGUAGAAGAAAUUUCCAUCUAAUAAUAAUCAUAAAAUGAUUAAAAAAUCUCAAAAAAUAAAUAAAUCCAUAUUCAAAAUGCUCUAAAUUUGAGACAGUCAUAAAGAAAAAUAAUAUCUUUAGUCAAAAAUACAAGUUUUAACUAUCUAAAAGGUAUGAUAAUAAUCGGGUUUAUAUGUUUAAGUGGGUGUGUUAUGAUAAUCGGAAUAAUACUUAUGUCAAACUAAAUUACUAACGAUUUCACAUCAUAUUUAAAUCUGUAUAAGAAUGCUUUUGAGACAGCUGAUUAGUUUAGCUUUGUGUUGUUAAUGAGUGACUAUUUAUCAAUAUCUCCUUUACUAAAUUAAAAGGAUCCGUAUUUCCCUUAGGCAACUUAGUAAAUUUAUGGAAAUCCUGAAAUGUAUUAGCAGUUUUCAUAAUAUUUAGCUAAUAAUAAGCUAUUUUUCUAGAACAUUUUAAAUGAUAUUGAUUAGUAAAAGUAAAUAUCAGAAGCAUAUAAGUCAUAAAUUAUUAACUUGCUCUAAAAAGACGUAUGCAAUAGUAUCGGGUAUAAUUAUGAUAGAAUGUGCAUAUAAAAUACUUCUCCAACCAUUAGAUAGAUAUUAAGAUAAGGAACUAUUGCUUUAUUUACAGAUAUUUUCUAGUUAUUCAGUUCAUAUGAUAUUUUGUUUAGAUUCAAAUAAGGAGAUCUGUUUGAUGCUACCCAGUAAAAUCAAGUUAGUUCUUAUGCUAAUUCAUCUUAUCACCUUGAGUAUAUAACUUAUGGAUUUAAUAUAGCAGCCAACUGCCUUUAAUUACUAUAAAAAUAUAUGAAUAAAGGGUUUUAAGAUUAUAUAACAUCUUUUAUCUAAAUUGGUUACAUAUACUUAGUUUGUCUAUGCUUACCAUUUAUUGUUUUUUGGAUUAUUUUAUCCAGAAAAAUUAAAAGUAAAGUGGAGCAAUCUAUAGUUGAUAUUAGCUUUUCAUUAACUCUGAUUCCAUAUGAGAAACUCUAAGAAGAAAACACUAUUAUUUUCCUAAAGAAAAUUCAAAAAUAUUGA